UUUUUUGUGAAAUUUAACCAGUUCCAGCGACCAUCCCGCGGAGUGUUGUCAUGGCAUCAAAAAGUCCCCCAGGUGGAGACGGCCCUCUAUCCUUUGCAAAGAUUGCCGCUAUGCCCGCGCCCCUCAACCCACAUUCUUCCUCGGUAUCUGAUGAAAACGAAAUAUGCCAGCCAGCUGAACAAUCACCUUUCUCAGAAGCAAAUGGCUCCGGUGCAGCUUUGCCCAACCAGCAUAAUCUCGAUAAAACGCCAGAGGCUAGUUCCAUUGAUCUAGCUGUUGAUGAUCUGGGGAGAGGUGUGCAAGAUAUUGCCCUCACCUUGAAGAAGCACAGUGAUGGCCCAAGCUCUUUCAUUGGUGGCCAAGACAAUGGCUUGCUCAAGCGGGAGAAUUCUUUUGAAGAUGAUCGCACUCACCUUUCUACCUCAUCCACCAAAUUGACCAACUUCGAUUCCAAGAGUCUUGCCUCGGUGACGACCUUUGCUAUGGAUGAAAAGGACUCUGUACGUCCCGAUGACAGUGCUAGUGUCCAAGCCAUUGAUGAAGAGGAGUCGCUUUCUGGACUUGCUUCUGGGGCUCCAAACUCAGUGGCAGGCUCCGAGGCUGGCAGUCGUGCAUUCCGGGAUCAUUAUCGAGAUGGCAUCCCUACACGCCCACGCGGGAUUUUGCCUGUGCCUCCUCUCUUUGACGGCACCCAACCGGUGAAUGGCACAAUUCCUCCAGAUUCGGUCGCGAAUAAUUUCGUGAUCCCAACGAACUCCGAUGGCAUUGAAGAUGGUCAGAUCUUACAUGGGUUUCCCUUGGAGCCGGAUGAAAAACUCCUAGAGGCAAUGAAAUCACCGAAAGAUCGGUUGCUGAUCCUGCAACUGGAGGAAAAGAUUCGGUACUUUAUCAAGGACUGCAAUGAGCAAUCUCUGGAGUUGCCCCCCUCGAACGCGUUUGGGCGACUUCUUGCACACAAGCUGGGGGAUUACUAUCAUUUAACACAUUUUGUCGACAAUAAUGUGACAUCGGUCAGGCUUCAUCGCACACCAUUCUGUCGGCUACCCACUCCUUUGUCUGCUGUGCAUGCUUCUUGCAAUAGCACCCCACCUCCAGCUGUUCCGGCAAUGAAAAUCAUGCGCCGAAACGAUGGAGGGCAAUUUGAAGGAAGUAUUGGAGGUUCGUCGAACCCUUCAAAGGCCAACUCGGAAGAUGGCGAUAGUGGACCAGAUGGAGAACGCCAUGGAUCUUCAUCCGGCGCUACGCCCGCUAAAGAUCGAAUGGCUUUGACGAGGGAGGAACGGGAGGCAAAAUACCAUGAAGUACGUGAGCGAAUCUUCCGUGAUUUCCCCGACAGUGCCAAAUCGGAUCCGGCCAGCGGUGACUCGAACCCCAACAUGUCACGCUCCAGCUCGGUGAACGGCCGCAAGAAGAACCAGAGGCAGCGAACUCCUCAUGAUGACAGCUUUGAGGUUCGGUCGCAGUUCAAUGCCUACUACCCAGGGAUGCAAUAUGGAAAUGGUGCUGCUCAAUACAAUGCUCCUGUAAAUGACAGCUCAUACCCAAACCAAGUACCUUACUUGGUCGGACCUGGCGUGCCGCUACCCUCUGGCGGAUACAUGCCAGCUGGUCAAAAUGGUGCCAUUUACCCUGGGCAACCGAACAUGAACAUGAAUGGUGCCUCUCAGUAUCCAGUGGCAAUGUCGCCCCAGAUGGCCUCCAAUGGCUCGUGGCAAGGAGGAAACAUGCCGCAGCAAUCCCCGUAUUCUGGAUAUGCUUCGAUGAACCAGCAGGGGAUGAUGAACCAGCCGUCCUCGAACGCGUCCUCACCGGCAAUGAACAACUAUGCCGUGCCCAAUGUGACGCCGUAUCAACAAACCCCCAGUUGGAACUCGCCUCCUUUCCCCACAAAUUUCCAGCAGUCCCCGCACCAGCGAAAUGGACCGCCUGUCCACUGGCCCAACUAUCCUCAGCAGCCAAUGGCUUCCAAUAUGCCACCCAACAUGGGUUCCAGCAUGCCGCCUAACAUGAACUCAAACAUGGGCUCCAACAUGGGCCCUAACAUGAGCUCCAAUAUGCCAUCCAAUAUGGGCGCAUAUCCUUAUGCUCAAUAUCCCGGGCAACAUAUGAAUCCCGCUCUCCAAAAUUCCGCGGGGUCCCACGCAGCAAUGCAAGCAGGAUAUGCCAGGUCACACUUCAACCCUCAGACACGCUCAUUCAUCCCCGGCGGUGCUCCUCCCGGGCGUCACCCGAACAAAGGCCAACACACAAUGCAGCCGUAUGGUAACAUGCAAUCCAAUGUCCAAGCACAAUGGAACGGGUAUCCGGAAGCCGUGCCUAACCGGACCAUGGACUCAACCCCGGGUAUGAAUCCCAACCGAGUGCCCACCGGUCCUCGAGACUCGAUCGCGAAAUGGGGCACGCCAGCUCAUCUUCCUCCCAAACCCCCGCCAUCCGAAGUCCCCUCCGACUUUGACCUGAAAAACCGACCUGUUCCGGCCUCGGUCCCAGCACCAACAUACAAUAGCAAUGGAGUUUCCGCCGUAAGCAAUGGACCACUUGUGGUCUCGGGAGGCACAUCUGUCUCCAAGCCGAACUAAAGCAAUAUAGUUCUGGUCGCAUUUCUACUACUUGUGUUUUAUCUGUUUUGUGAUGUGAUCCUUGGACGUUUGGAAGUUGUGGAGAUAUGAACCGUUUCCCCGUAGUAUACGGGCUAGAUUCAUCUGUUCACAUGCCGCAGCUGUGUUCCAAGGUUUGCAUCUACAGCAGUACAAUGCAUGGCGAUCCGGGUUCUUGUGCAUGUACCUCGUCGCUCUUAGCUAGUCAUGAACCUGUUCAACUUAUG